AUGCCGCCCAUUCAACAACACAUCCUGAACUGGCUGUACAGUGUUCUUACCAGCGAAUACCACGAUGUGAACCGGACUUAUGGUGAUGUGGCCCAAGCCUUGUCACAGUAUCCAUCGCUAUCUCCUCGGACAGACGUUCACAGAACCCUGCCCGUAAUUUUUCGAGGCACCACCUACCGCUUUCCUCUGUCCAUACGCGUGCCCUAUGCCUAUCCUCGGGAGGCACCUCUCAUAUACGUAACGCCCACCGAGCAUAUGGUGGUAAGGCCCGGACAGCAUGUCGAUCCCCAGGGUCAGGUAUACCAUCCGUAUCUGGCUGGCUGGUCCACGUUUUGGGAUAAAUCGACACUUGUUGACUUCCUCACCAUUCUGCGAGAUGUCUUCGCCAAAGAGCCGCCUGUCAUAGCACGACAGCCCUCACAUUCCGUGCUACCUAGCCAACAGGCUCACUCGCUACAGAGGUCGACAGACCUUUCUGUGGCAUCAACACACGAGCUAGCAGGCCGUCCUUCUAGUCAACCACCUGUUGCUCCUACGCGAACUGGACCUCCGCCUCCGCCUAAAGAUACCGACACCAGGCUGCGUGGAGUCAGUCACUUAGGCUCAGAACGUCCUCACGACGCGCCCCCACUUCCCCCCAUUCCAGCUGGAUUACAGCACACCUCAGAACUUCCACAGACUUCUCAAUCCCACCAUCCAUCACCAUCUCGAUACGACUCCGCGCCGCCUCUACCGGGACAGCCCCCGUUGCAAAAUCGGCCUUUCCCCCUCACUCAUUCUCCCCUGCGGACACCUGCAACGCCGCCAUAUGUUAGCAGCUCCUUACAAUACCGACUUGGCCAGCCAUCAUCGACGGUGCAGCCAUCUGUGGCUUCAUUCCAGCCUUUGCCUGUCACGGGUCCAUCAGUGACCUGGCAAUCACGAGAGAAUGCGCAGGCUCCGGCAAAACCGAGUGCAGCGCAUCAACCCGACCUGCUAGAUGAGCCUCUGACCAUUAGCAUACCCUUGCCAUCCAGCCUACCGGCACCUCCAAUCCCCCCGAACCCCGAAAAGGAUGCACUACUCCGCCAACUUGCGCGGACGCUUUACUCUCUGCGGCAGCAGAGUCGUCAACAGAAUGAAUCUAGUAUGGCUGGCCUCCAGGCUCAACGUAAGGCCAUGAUGUCGGCGUCUUCGAUUCUGCAGUCUGAGAUCGGCGCCUUGGAUCAAACUUCGGCCUUGCUUUCUUCCAAUGCCAGAAUAUUGCACGAUGCGCUACGAAAGGCAGAUAUUGUCGUUGAGGGGUCGCGCCAGCAGACGGCCCCAGAUAUAGACGAGCUAUUGGUAGCGCCAACCGUGGUCUCCAAUCAACUCUACGCACUUGUGGCGGAAGAGCGUGCCAUGGGUGAUGCUAUCUUCGUCCUAGGCCGCGCUGUUGAACGGGGACGGAUAUCCCCCAUAGUUUUCGCUAAGACAACACGUUCACUGGCACGAGAAUGGUACCUCAAGAAGGCUUUAGCGCGAAAGAUUGGUCGCGGAAUGGGUCUGGUUGGGUGAUUCGCUACGUGGUACGGGCCAUCGCCUCGUGCUGUACAAACCAUCGUUCGGGAACGGUGACGCAGAAAGCGCCUGACCGGAAACACCGUUGAAAGGAACGACUAGCUGAUCACCAGUCGGUAACCAGCCAUCGGCUAUCUAAUAAAGUAGAUGAAAUCAAUACAUACAUCAGGUACA